CCCAUUUUAUGUUUAGGAUCCAGCACAUUUGUCAAUUUGAAUAAAAUAUUGACACAAUUUAUGUUUUUAAUGGUUAAUAUGUAAUUUCAUUACGACUGCGAUAGUAAAACUUUCAACAGAGUCACACGUUACUCAAAAAGGAGCAGAAUGCAAAUGUACUAAACCCAAAAACCAUUUAUUGCAAGCUAAGUCGAUAUGAUAAUCAUGUAUUGUGAAAAUCUAAAUAUUAGUUUUAGACUUUUAGUGCUAUGGUAUUGGGUUGAGUAUUUAGGGCAUAUUUGGGCAAACCCCUUUUACUCAUCAUUCAAAAAAAUUACAUGAUCAAGUCGAUCUCAACCGGAACAAAUAUAGUCUUAUAUAAGAAUAUCGAUAUCAGAUGUUAUCUCAAUGAGAUUAGCGAGAUGGGGAAUGUGAUACUGUGGCAUGUUCCUCAUUAAGUUAAUUAAGCAAGGCUCAUGUUUCUGAUUGAUCGUUGAAACUCCACGAUAUGGCUGAAACCCAAUAGAUAAAAUGGAGUGGCUGAAAUUUCUUCCCAGCUCCAAUUGAAUUAGCCUCAUCCGCCAUGGAAACCCUCUCAAGCUCCAUCUCCACCUUCAAAGCUCCGUUCGUCCAUCCUCCAUCUCGCGAAGCCUAUCCCUUCAGAACUCCCACCGCAGCCCUCCACCCGCUCCAUCCUCACCUCGCCGCCAAACCCAAUUCUUCCCGCCCGGCCUCCAAAUCCCGAACCGCUUCCCCAACCUUCUCCCUCCGCACGCCCAAACCUCCCGCUACCCCCGCCGCUCCUGCUCCGGAAACCCACCGGAGCCCAGCGAGCGGCUACGCGGCGGCGCUUGUCGACAUAGCUCGCUGCAGAGGCGCCCUCGACAGAGUCCGGCGGGACGUACGGAGGCUCUCCAGGCUGCUGAAGCCCGACCCGAUCCGGAAUUUCCUGGCCGACCCGAUGAUGGGCGGCGAAGAGAAGGCGGAAUUGGUCAACGAGCUGGGGAAGAGAGGGGGAACCGGCGAGCUUCUGAUGGGUCUUGUGAAGGUGUUGGCUGGGAGAAACAGGGUUGGAGUUUUGGCUGAGGUGCUGAUGGAGUUCGAGAGGAUUUGUGACGAGAUGUUGGGGACGCAGCUGGUGCUGGUCCCGUCGGCGAAGAAGAUGGAAGGAAGCGAUCUGAUUCGAAUUGCUCGGAGCGUGCACAGAAUCAGCGGCGCCGCGACCGUGAAAGUGAGGAACUUGGUCGACGAGGAAGGAAUUCCGGCCGUCCUCCGCUCUUUAAUGGCACAAGUUCCGCCGCCGAUCUCAGUGUAAACUCCCUCACGGGAGUCGUCGUUUCCGUUUUGGUUCAUUUGACUGGUGUUGUAGUUCAUAAUUUACCAAGAUACGUUUGCCGGCGCUCUGCCGCCGAUCUAUCAUCACAAGAUUCGGCUAUUCAUGUGGUUGAACCACGGCAAGGAAUGGAAAUCAAUUUGGCCAAAGCAAUCAAAUAUGUAUUACGGGGUUGAGCUAAGAAAGGGCUUGUAACUUUGGGGUUAUAACUUCAGAAUCGUUAAAAGUUGUUCUAAAAUUACUAUUCGUCAUUUUAGUACUCAAUUUUACAAGCUGCGUUCCAGAAAGUUGUCCCGUGACAAAAAGCUCUAACUACAAAAGUUGAGAAGAGAGAAGUGCUAGUUACAAAAGCU